AUGAGGAGGCGGAGGUCGGCGCUCCGGUCCGUCUCUGCCCGAGGCUGUGGCGGCGCCGGCGGCUCCAGCCUUAGCGGUUCCUCCCUGGGCGGCGGCGGCCGCGGCUCGGUCGACGCCUCCUCCUCCGCCAGCUGAGCCCGCCGGCAGCCCGGGACGCCGCUUCCCCGCCCAUCCCCGUUCCCCGAGGCCGCCUCCUGGCCAUGGCGCAGCCGGGCCCGGCUCCCCAGCCCGACGUUUCUCUUCAGCAACGGGUAGCAGAAUUGGAAAAAAUUAAUGCAGAAUUUUUACGUGCACAGCAGCAGCUUGAGCAAGAAUUUAAUCAAAAGAGAGCAAAAUUUAAGGAGUUGUAUUUGGCUAAAGAGGAGGAUCUGAAGAGGCAAAACGCAGUGUUGCAAGCCGCACAGGAUGAUCUGGGUCACCUUCGGACACAGCUGUGGGAGGCCCAGGCAGAGAUGGAGAACAUUAAGGCCGUUGCCACCGUCUCUGAAAACACCAAGCAGGAAGCUAUAGAUGAAGUGAAGAGGCAGUGGGCCGAGGAAGUUGCCUCGCUUCAGGCUGUCAUGAAAGAGACAGUUCGUGACUAUGAGCACCAGUUCCACCUGAGGCUGGAGCAGGAGCGAGCACAGUGGGCACAGUAUCGAGAGUCUGCAGAUCGGGAAAUAGCUGAUUUAAGAAGAAGGUUGUCUGAAGGUCAAGAGGAAGAAAAUUUAGAAAACGAAAUGAAAAAGGCCCAGGAGGAUGCUGAGAAGCUUCGUUCUGUUGUGAUGCCCAUGGAGAAGGAAAUUGCAGCCCUGAAAGAUAAGCUGACAGAAGCUGAAGACAAGAUCAAAGAGCUCGAGGCCGCAAAGGUUAAGGAACUGAAUCAUUAUCUGGAGGCUGAGAAGUCUUGUAGGACUGAUUUGGAGAUGUAUGUAGCUGUUUUGAACACUCAGAAAUCUGUUCUCCAGGAAGAUGCCGAGAAAUUGAGGAAAGAAUUGCAUGAAGUCUGCCGCCUCCUGGAGCAAGAGCGACAGCAGCACCAGCAGCUGAGGCACACAUGGCAGAAGGCCAACGACCAGUUCCUGCAGUCGCAGCGCCUGCUGAUGAGAGACAUGCAGCGAAUGGAGCGUGUGCUGACGGCGGAGCAGCUCCGGCAAGUGGAAGAACUGAAGAAGAAAGAUCAGGAGGAGGAUGAACAACAGAGGCACAAGGGAGAAGACAACAAAGAAACAGAUAUUGAAGAAGUAAACCUACCAGUGGUCUACGCAUUAACUCACGAAGAACCUUCAGUCUCAUUACCAAAGCAGGAGGAGCAUUUGGACAGCACCCAUGGGUCAGUCCAUUCCUUAGAUGCAGACUUGCUGUUACCAUCUGGAGAUCCAUUCAGUAAAUCGGACAAUGACAUGUUUAAGGAUGGGCUCCGGAGAGCUCAGUCUACAGACAGCUUGGGGACCUCAAGCUCAUUGCAACCCAAAGCUUUAGGCUAUAACUACAAAGCAAAAUCUGCUGGAAAUUUGGAUGAGUCGGAUUUUGGACCACUGGUUGGAGCAGAUUCUGUGUCUGAGAACUUUGAUACUGUGUCACUUGGGUCACUGCAGAUGCCAAGUGGAUUUAUGUUAACCAAAGAUCAAGAAAGAGCAAUUAAGGCAAUGACACCUGAGCAGGAGGAGACAGCAUCCCUCCUCUCCAGUGUGACCCAGGGUGUGGAGAGCGCAUAUGUGUCUCCCAGUGGUUACCGCUUAGUGAGUGAGACGGAGUGGAAUCUCCUGCAGAAAGAGGUACAUAAUGCUGGAAAUAAGCUUGGUAGACGUUGUGAUAUGUGUUCCAAUUAUGAAAAACAGUUACAAGGAAUUCAGAUUCAGGAAGCUGAAACAAGAGACCAGGUGAAAAAGCUGCAGCUAAUGCUAAGGCAAGCCAAUGACCAGCUGGAGAAGACGAUGGCAGAGAGGCAGGAGCUGGAGGACCUUACUAAGCAGAGCACUGAGGAUGCCAACCACCAGAUAUCUGCACUGGCCCUGAGAGCCCAAGCCUCCGAAGCCUUACUUGAAGAGUUACAACAGAGCUUUUCCCAAGCAAAGAGGGAUGCUCAGGAACAGAUGGCGGUGCUGAUGCAGUCACGGGAACAGGUUUCCGAAGAGCUGCUGAGGCUGCAGAAGGACAACGAGAGCCUCCAGGGCAAGCACAGCCUGCACGCGUCGCUGCAGCUCGCAGAAGGCUUCAUCCUUCCAGACACUGUGGAGGUGCUCCGGGAACUGGUGUUAAAAUAUCGCGAGAACAUCGUUCAUGUGCGGACAGCAGCAGACCACAUGGAAGAGAAGCUGAAGGCUGAAAUACUUUUCCUAAAAGAGCAGAUUCAAGCAGAACAGUGUUUAAAAGAAAACCUUGAAGAGACACUCCAGCUGGAAAUAGAAAACUGCAAGGAGGAAAUAGCUUCCAUCUCUAGUCUAAAAGCUGAAUUAGAAAGAAUAAAAGUUGAAAAGGGACAGUUGGAAUCUACAUUAAGAGAGAAGUCGCAACAACUUGAGAGUCUCCAAGAAAUAAAAGUUAAUUUAGAGGAACAGUUAAAGAAAGAAACUGCUGCUAAGGCCACUGCUGAACAGCUUGUGUUUGAGGAGAAGAACAAAGCGCAGAGGUUACAGACAGAGUUAGACGUCAGUGAACAAGUCCAGAGAGACUUUGUGAAACUUUCUCAGACUCUUCAGGUGCAGUUGGAGAGGAUCCGGCAAGCGGACUCCUUGGAGAGGAUCCGGGCAAUUCUGAAUGACACCAAACUGACAGACAUUAACCAGCUCCCUGAGACAUGACACCUGGAUCGCAGGAUUCUAACCUGCCUUUUGGGUUUUUAUCUCAU